AACCCAUUCUAUCCAUUCAGUUUUGUUUUGUUUAUUUAUUGAACCCCCCCUCCCCAUUCACCCCCUCCCUCGUCCCGUACAGCUGAAGCCCCGCCCCCUGCGCCGGGCACCUCAGUACAGGACCGGAGGGGCGGGGCCCCGCGACAUGUCCUGUUUUAAGGACAUGCUUUGAAAGUUUCCAAGUAGUUAUCUAUUUCUUGUAUAUUACUAGGCUGUUUAAAAUAAUAAACUUUCAAUUCUGCAUCUGUAUUAUAAUAUAUCGAAAGGAUGGAGCGCGGGAGUCAUUUUUUUUAUUACGGUAUGAAAUAAACAGACUCUUAAUGCGGGCUGUCGACUCCCCUCUUGUCUAACGUGCUUGGGGAUGGGGGGGCAGGCUGGGAUUCAACUCUGGUUUUCUAUGCAAUGCUGGGAUUAUCAUUCGGUAUUUGUUUUCUGUUUUCAGGAAGAUUGGCAAUGGGCUAAACCUAAAUUGUUGUAGCCUUGUAAACAGACAAGCAAACAUAAAUGUGGGCUCUAAUUACUGUACUGGACUUGUUAACUUCAUUGUGUAGGAUGCUGAGUCACUCACAGUUCAUUUGCAAAAGGUUGUAUUAGAUUUGCAGUGGAAGUUAAACUUCUCCCCAUUCUCAGUGUGCAGAAGUAUGAAUUUGAGUAUGGCCCUUUCAUUAUAGGUGAAUUCCACUGACUAGUGCUGAAUCUGUUAAUCAAAUAACUAAUGGUAAUUGUACUGUUUGACUAUACAAUGAACUAUCGAAAAAUAACAUUACCGCUUAUAGCUACAGAAUUGCCAGUAUCUAGUUUUGUUAUAAAAUAAUUUGAACUUUGCAUAAGUCAGACAAGGAAACAAUUAUUCAGAUUAAACCAAAACUAAACUAGGAGUCAACGAAUGAGCGCUAGAACAACGGAGAAAGAGCGUUCAGCUGCAGUCCUGUGAAGGACAGUGAUUCAGUCAUGGCCCGUUUGAAACCAGUGCUCCAAGAUCCUCAACCUGUGGUCUGAGCGGGUGUGAAGCACGGCCCGCCCUCUGAGAUGAGCUCACAAAGUCCUCAGUGUCCAGACACUCUCCACACCUCUCCCAGCAGGCCUUCCUCCCUCCCUCCCUCUCCUCCAUACUGCUCUCUCUUCCCCCGUCUGCCAGCCCCACACCCCUGUUUGAAGCUCCAGGAGUUAGAGACCUUUUCUGCCCCACUUAGCGCUCUCCUCUUCCAGGCACCAUGGCUCACGGCAGCGGCCUCUGCAGAUUCCUCCUGGUGCUUCUCGGCCUCUCGGUGGUGGCCACACGCGCAGAGACGAUCGGAGACUCGCUGCCCACCCUGCAGGGGGAGAACCAGGACACCAUGUCAGGGGACGUGUCCUAUGACGUCACCACGAAGGAGCCCAUCCAGGAAGUGACGGACUGCUGCUUCACCUACGACCACGAGGACUCCACCCACUCCCAGGCCGUGGAUCAGGUGGAAGGGGUCCUCGGGCUAGGGGCCAUCACAGCCAUCGUGAUCGCCGUCUUCCUCGGAGCUUCGGUCCUCCUGGCACUCAUUGUCAUCACCCUCCGAAAGUUCACCGCAUCAUAGUGUGUUUGUUUGUGUGUGUGUGUGUGUGAGUGUGUGUGUGUGUGUGUGCGCGCACGCGUCUGUGAACUUGGUUGUGGCUGUGGGUUUCAGAGCAUCAAUGCGUUUCUGUUAGUGUGUCUCCAAUGUACAGCUGUGACUCCAUCACAUUCUCUUAGCUUCUUCUUUUGACAACUUCCUCUCUCUCUGUCUGUGUGUCUGUGUUGGUGGUGCGUGUCUGUGAUUCCCUCUCUCUCUCUCUCUCUCUCUCUCUCUCUCUCUCUCUGUCUUUGUCUCUCUCUCUCUCUGUCUCUCGGUCUUCACUCUCUUCCCCGAAAGUUUGUUUUGUCUCACUCUGGAUGUAAAAUACUAAAUAGUGGCUGGCACCUUUACCAUGAACAAGUAAGAUUUAAAAUAUCAACUACUUUUCACACUCCAUAACAAUUCUGUCCGCUUUAAAUUAGUAAAUGGAACUAUUUAAGGUUUAAUGUUAAGUGUACAAUAAACAUAUAUCAAAUGGGAGAAUAGUGUGUAGGCAGUCAAAUGUAAAUGGUACAUUGAAUAGGUAUUGGUAAAGGCAUAUCAGUAGAGGGUAGUAUGCUGAUACCAUAUGAAAUACUGGCGGGGUCUUCCAGUGUAAUUCAACAUGUUAUUGCUUCUCUUUCUCUUUUGGUUGAGCUUUGUUGUUUUUUGUUGCUGUUGGUGAUGCAACGCCUCUUAAAAGUGAAUUUAGCUUUGUUUACGUUUUUUUAAUGUGUGUAGAAGCUGUACAUUUAUAUCAUAGCGCAGUGUGUCGUGUUUUUGUGCGCUUGUUUCAGUUAGCUGCACCAUAGAAAGUGUGGGACUUUGUUGGCCUAGUGGAGACAUAUCAACCAUGUUCUUAGUCUGUUUCUGCUUCUUACUUAGCCGGAGUCAAUUCUCCAACCUCAACGCAAUAAGACAAACAACUCUUCUUUAUUCAUGGGAUGUAAAAAGGGGAUGGUAGGAAAGGUAGAGUAAUAUAAGUCUGCACCUUUUAUGAUUUAUUUUCUUCCCGUCUACUUGUGGUCUGUAUGUUUGCUGUUUUUAAUAGUGCUAUGUUCCUCAUUGGCCCUGAACAACACUAUCACCCAUAGUGAUAACAAUGUUGCUUAAAUUGUUUAACAUCCAUGUGGAAUAUCCCAAUAAAUCAUUCCCCAA